GCGACAGGCGCAACCCGAGACAGCGGCGGAGGUUCAGACACAAUAGAGAGGGUUCUUGCUCUUCUCCAUUCCAAACCGGUAUGUCGGAUGAAGAUUCGCGUGCCAGCACCAGCUCUUCCUCAUCGCCCUCGUCCUCUAGCCAAAACAGACAGAGGGACACACCUUGCAAGAAACGGGAGAGUAAAGCCAGCAUGAGCAAAACCUCCAAGCUGCUUUCGACCAGCGCCAAAAGGAUUCAGAAAGAGCUGGCGGAUAUCACACUGGACCCUCCGCCAAACUGCAGUGCUGGCCCUAAAGGCGAUAACAUCUAUGAGUGGAGGUCGACCAUCCUGGGCCCACCAGGUUCUGUGUACGAGGGAGGGGUCUUCUUCUUGGACAUUGCCUUCACACCCGACUACCCCUUCAAACCCCCCAAGGUAACAUUUCGUACGAGGAUCUACCACUGCAACAUCAACAGUCAGGGGGUGAUCUGUCUGGAUAUCCUGAAGGACAACUGGAGUCCUGCCCUGACCAUCUCCAAGGUGCUGCUGUCCAUCUGCUCCCUGCUCACAGACUGUAACCCAGCCGACCCCCUCGUUGGAAGCAUCGCCACCCAGUACACGACUAACAGAGCGGAGCAUGACCGCACGGCCAAACAGUGGACGAAGAGAUACGCCACAUAAAGAAGUCCAGAGAGGACGAGGGGGGGUUUGGGGGACAGAGGGACAUGGGGACUCCUGAUGGUUUGGGUGUGUGGGUUAUUUCUAUCUCAGAUUUUUAGUACUUUAUUGUCUGGUAUAUCUUUUGCUUCCUGAUUAAGUUAUCGCCACAAAUAUGGUAAUAAAGAAAA